AAACAGGGUGGUGAAAUGGCUGGAUGAGCCACGUUCUUUAGUGAUUUCAGUGAUUUCCUGGCCAGAAUCUCUGGCCAGGACGUAUUCUGAUAGAGGAUUGAUAUCCUCCUUAAUUGUUUUGUUUAGUUUUAUUCAUUUUUGCCAUAAAUAAGUGAAAUUGAACGCAAAACCGUGACAAAGUACGGGAUUUCAGUGUCGUGGAGUGACUGUGAACCACGAAUUUCACUGAUUUGAGAUUUCCUGGCCAGAAUCUCUGGCAGGGAUGUGUUUUGAUGGAGGAUUGGGUAUCCUCUUUUACUGUUCUAUAAAGUUUUAUUCAAAUAUGUGGUGAAUAAGUGGUAAAUUGACCGUAAAAUCGGUGCAAGGUGCGUGUUUAGAGAAACCUUUACCUGGGGAUGACACUGAAAAUCCCGACCAAACCACUUCUGGUCGGUCGGAUUCUCAUUGUAUUUCAUCACAGGGUGCUUCUGAGGCAUCUUGGGGACAUCAUUACCGGUCACGGACACACAAUGCUUCUUAUAUGUUCCCGCUACAGUCGCGAUGUUGGCACCUAUGGUGCUAGGUUAAUUGAGGGAGAAACAGAACUUCCAAAUCAAGUCAUCACCAUGUCGAACCUAAAGAAGAUUUCUGAUGAGGAGAAGGAAUCCAUGUAUGGAUAUGUCUUCGCUGUAUCUGGUCCUGUCGUCACUGCGGAAAGAAUGUCCGGAUCAGCUAUGUACGAGCUCGUACGUGUAGGCUACUACGAGCUUGUGGGAGAGAUUAUCCGUUUAGAAGGUGACAUGGCAACAAUUCAGGUGUACGAAGAAACCUCCGGCGUUACUGUAGGUGAUCCUGUACUUAGAACAGGAAAACCUCUCUCUGUGGAAUUGGGCCCAGGCAUUAUGGGAAGUAUUUUUGACGGUAUUCAGCGUCCACUAAAAGAUAUCAACGAACUUACAAGCUCCAUCUACAUCCCUAAGGGUAUCAACGUGCCCUGCUUGUCUCGCGAAGCCUCUUGGGAUUUUGCACCCCUCAACGUGAAAGCUGGUUCCCACAUUACUGGAGGCGAUAUGUAUGGUGUUGUACACGAGAAUACUCUAGUGAAGCACAAAAUGAUCGUACCACCGCGUGCUAAGGGUACGGUACGCUACAUUGCUCCACCUGGCAACUAUAAGGUCACCGAUGUGGUGUUGGAGACGGAGUUUGAUGGUGAAAUCACGAAGCACACCAUGUUGCAAGUGUGGCCUGUGCGCCAGCCUCGUCCAUGCACGGAGAAAUUGCCCGCAAACCAUCCUCUACUUACCGGACAACGUGUUCUCGAUUCGCUUUUCCCAUGCGUCCAAGGUGGUACAACUGCCAUCCCGGGGGCAUUUGGUUGUGGCAAAACUGUCAUCUCGCAAGCUCUAUCAAAGUACUCUAACUCCGACGUUAUUAUCUACGUCGGAUGCGGUGAACGUGGUAAUGAGAUGUCUGAGGUAUUGCGUGACUUUCCGGAGCUUUCUGUGGAGAUUGAUGGCGUAACGGAGUCUAUUAUGAAAAGAACAGCCCUCGUAGCGAACACCUCCAAUAUGCCUGUGGCUGCUCGUGAGGCUUCUAUCUAUACGGGUAUCACGCUAUCUGAGUACUUCCGUGAUAUGGGUUAUAACGUAUCAAUGAUGGCUGACUCUACGUCACGUUGGGCUGAAGCUCUUCGUGAAAUUUCUGGACGUUUGGCUGAAAUGCCAGCCGACUCCGGCUAUCCGGCCUAUCUUGGAGCACGUUUGGCUUCCUUCUACGAACGUGCUGGGCGCGUCAAAUGUCUCGGCAAUCCAGAGCGUGAGGGGUCUGUAUCUAUUGUGGGUGCUGUUUCACCACCCGGUGGUGACUUCUCUGAUCCUGUGACAUCAGCUACUCUCGCCAUUGUCCAAGUAUUUUGGGGUUUAGACAAAAAGUUGGCACAGCGAAAGCAUUUUCCAUCAAUCAACUGGCUCAUCUCAUACAGUAAAUACAUGCGCGCUCUUGACGACUUCUAUGACAAGAACUUCCCAGAAUUUGUGCCAUUGAGAACCAAGGUAAAAGAGAUCCUACAGGAGGAAGAAGAUUUGUCUGAAAUUGUGCAGUUGGUCGGUAAAGCUUCUCUGGCUGAGACGGAUAAGAUUACUCUAGAGGUGGCUAAAUUGCUGAAAGAUGACUUCUUGCAGCAGAACUCUUAUUCCUCAUACGAUCGCUUUUGUCCAUUUUAUAAAACUGUUGGCAUGCUAAAGAAUAUGAUAACAUUCUAUGAUCUGUCGCGCCAUGCUGUGGAGUCCACUGCUCAAUCAGAGAAUAAGAUCACAUGGAAUGUUAUUCGUGACUCAAUGGGCAACAUUAUGUAUCAGCUGUCGUCGAUGAAAUUUAAGGAUCCUGUCAAGGAUGGAGAAGCGAAGAUCAAGGCGGACUUUGAUCAAAUGUAUGAAGAUUUGCAGCAGGCUUUCCGUAAUUUGGAAGACUAAAUUACAUAAUAUAAUGAGUAAUAAUAUACAUAAUAGAAGAAGUCAUGUGGUGUACAAUAAAUAAAUGAAAAAAAAAUUCAAAUCAAUAACACAAUAAUAGAUAUACAUACAUACCACAUAAUUAAAAAUAAAUUACGUACCCAUUUGAAAAAAAAUUCUGUGCAACUCUAUAUGUGCAUUAAUUGUAAAAUUAUUUUAAAAGGAUUCUAUCAUAGAGUUAAUUAAACUUUUAUUAUCCCUUACUACAUCGUGCUUACAGUUAUAUAUGUAAUUAAAAAAAUAUAUUGAAUUACUUAUCGAAAAUCAUAAAAUAUGGAUAUUAGUUGGUAUUCGUAACUGUAAGGGAUAGCAACUCUUGAUUAUAAAUAAAACACAUAUUAUGGUGAGCUGAUAAUUAAUAUAAAUAUGCAUUCCAAAUUCAAUUCUGACUACAUUACAGAAAAAUUGAAAAACAUAAUUGAAAUUGAUUGAAAAAUAUACAAUUUUAUAUUUAAAUUUAAAAUACUUAUCGCUUCAGCACUAUAGGUACACACUAUUAAAACAAAGUAAAUAAGUACUGUUUUAAUAAGAAUUGCCUAAAUCUUUUCUUAUUUUUUCUGAGGUGCUUGGAAUUUUUAUUUUUUUGUCCACUUAGCUGUUGCAUUGUUACUUUACACAGUACAUAUUUAUGAUACUUUUUUCUCAGAUAAAUAGCUUACGCGAAAAUUAAAUUCCUUUUAAACUAUGGAUUGUUCCAGUAUUAAAAGAAGAAAAACCUUUUUAUGCAGUAGAUUGCAAACAUAUAGUGUUCGUUAAACGUCGAUUGUUAAACUGUAAAAAAAUGUAUCAGAAUUAUAAAAAAUAUAAUAGAUUUAUUGUGUUAAUGUAUACAAAAAGAAAUAAAGAAAGAUAUACCAA